GCCACAGGACAGAACAGACAAGGAGCCCGAGGCCCAGAAAGCCUAAGGAACUUGCCCAAGAUUUCAUACCUUGGCAGAGACAGAGGCAGGCAGGGACCCAAGUCUGUCUCUUACUGAUGUCCAGCAGUCCCGCAGAAGGGGGAACAUGACUCCCAACUGGAAAUCAGUGGAAGAAAUGUUGAUCUUCUUGGGAAAGUCUCUGCUCUCUCUUCUGGAGAGUUUGCUUUUUACCAUCAUCCCAAGGCCCAGGAAAAACGUCGCUGGCGAGAUCGUCCUGAUAACUGGUGCAGGGGGAGGACUGGGAAGGCUUUUAGCCUUAAAAUUUGCCAGCCUUGGAUCUGUGCUUGUUCUCUGGGACAUCAAUGAGGACCAGAACGAGGAGACGUGCAAGCUGGUCCAGGAAGCGGGAGCCACAAGAGUUUACGCCUAUACCUGUGAUUGCAGUCGCAAGGAAGACGUGUAUAGUGUGGCCAGUCAGGUUAAAAAAGAAGUAGGCGACGUUUCCAUCCUGAUCAACAAUGCCGGAGUGGUAACAGGCAAGAGCUUCCUCAACUGCCCAGAUGAUCUGAUGGAAAAGUCAUUUGACGUGAAUUUCAAAGCACAUUUAUGGACUUACAAAGCCUUUCUACCUGCCAUGAUUGCUAAUAACCAUGGGCACUUGGUUUGUAUUUCAAGUUCAGCUGGAUUGAUUGGAGUCAACAAACUGGCAGAUUAUUGUGCAAGUAAAUUUGCAGCCUGUGGAUUUGCUGAAUCUGUAUUGGCAGAAACAGUUGCCCAAAAACAAAAUGGGAUCAAAACCACGAUCGUGUGUCCAUUUUUUAUAAAAACUGAAAUGUUCACUGGUGUUUCUACAGGCUGUCCAUUUCUGUUGCCUCUUCUGGAACCAGAAUAUGCAGUCACAAAGAUAAUAGAUGCUAUUCUGCAAGAAAAAGUGUACUUGUAUAUGCCAAAGUUUAUAUACAUCAUGGUGUUUUUAAGAAGUAUCUUGCCCCUGAAAACGGCCUUGAUUUUGGCAGAAUAUUUGGGCGUCCUUAAUCUCAUGGAUGGUUUCAUUGGCGCAAAGAAGAAAGAGUAAGAACCAGCAGGACUGCUUGAGUCACCUGAUACCAAAAUCCAACAUGACGCACCUUUGGUUCAAUGAAGAAAAGCAUUUUUUUCCAACAGAAGUAUAGCUCUGGAUGCCACAAGGAGCACUCUUAUUCUGCCACCUGGGCUAGGAUUUUCAGCCAGUGCCUUUGAAAAUAAUGUUGCUUUUUUGUUUGAUUUUUUUUUUCUUCCCAAAACAAAGGCCAUUUUUGCCAUUUCCACUUCCAACAGGUGUUGGGGGACUGUAGCAUUUUUGGUGCUGGCUACUGGCAAUCCUGGGGUUCCUUGGCUUGUGUCUCUGCCUCCCAUCAUGUGGCGAUGUCCUGUCCUUGCAUUGGCUCAUCCAGUUUCCGCUGACUUCUCGCUUCUUCCUUUGGGGCCUUCUGCAACUUCUGGCUUCCAGUUUCUUCUCUUUAUAAGGCCUCCAAUAACAUGGUUAGUCCCACACUUAUUCCAGUUGGGCCAUAUGUUAACUGAAAUGUAACAUUUACAAUGGAUUCACACCCAGAGGAAUGUGGAUUAAGAUUAGGAACAUGUCUCUGUCAGGGUAUAUAGCUCAGCCCACCAGAAACACCCUCUCUGCAGAGGACAGAGCUUGGGCUCUGCCAGCAGCUUGCUCUCAGCUGUGGCCUUUUUGAGCAGGUAUCACCUGCUUAUGGAGAAGCCCAGCCUCCCGUGCCCUUCGUUCCAGAGCAACUACACAAACACUUCUAAACACCCUGGACACUCACAGACCAGAUGCAAGUCCAGUUGAAGGUGCGGGUCAUCGAGUCAGGGAGCAUUACUAGACAUUCCCUUAGCAACCCUGGAAGGCCAUGAUCCCAGACAAAACUCGUAAAUAGGAUUGCAUAUUUUUUUUCCUAAGAGAGAUCAAAAAAUGGUUGCUCCUUACUCUGGAAAGGAAACCACUGAGUCAGAUUUAUUGCUUCCUAUUGACCCAAAAACAUAUUCAUUUGGUUAAUUCAAAGUUUUUAACUUUGUAGUUCAGGUCAGGCUUCAUGUUGGGAUAUUUUUCUAUAGAAUGGGAAAUUUUCUGCCUUUAUUUUCAUUGAUGCUGUGCUCACUUCUGAUCUAUUGUGUUCUUACAGUUUAAUCAAUAGGCAAACUGCUUUCAUGCUUUGGAGAUUAACUAUAAAAGCAAGAUUAAGAAAAAUAUGUUAAUUACCAUAUCCCUGGCAUGCCUUCCCAAGCUUGGGGGUGGGGGGGUGGAUACAUGGCCUGUGAGAGAAGCAGGAGUCUUUGUGUCUUGCCCCCUUUUGUGUGGAGAGAAGGACGGGAUAGGAAGACCCUGUCAGAGUCCAAAGAAGAAAGAGUAUGAAUAUCUUGGGGGUAAAAGUGAUCUUAGAAGGGCAGGCUUCCUGGGAAAUUUGUAGUCUGGGAUCCACUGUGGGGUUGAUUUAGCCCGAGCAGCUUGUGUGAUUCUGAUAACUCUGCCUCUAUUUCUUUUUCAUUAAGAAAACCUAAAAAUAAUCAUAAUAAACUUAUUUUAGGAUAAUCCUGAUAA